AUGGCCUCCCCUUCUUUCAUGUGGCACCGAAUUGUCAGUCAAGAUCGGUAUCUGGCUCUCAUGCUUGGUCUCCCCCCUGGCACGCCCGACGAUUGUCUCGGAAACCCUGAAGAUUUGACCCUAAACGAUUGUCCAAUGGACUAUCUUGAGCGCAUUCACUGUAUCAUCAUGAGUCGAAUCACUGCUAGCAGAGGCAACAAGUCUGAUAGUACAGCCUCUGUUGAUUUGCAAGUCAUAGACUUGACUCUGGAGAAGGCUACGCGCUGUAUGCCUCCCGACUGGUGGCAACUCCCCAUCAAAUCACCGGGUGACGGCGAAGCCCUUGAAGAUGUUCUACGCAUUAUGUUUCACAUCACUCAUUUCAGUCUGCUAAUCUACCUGCGACUGCCUCACAUGCUCUUCGACGGUGGGAACACGCAGAACUACAACAAGUCGACAUGUGUAAAUGCCAGCCGCGAACUUCUCAGCCGCUAUAUCCGAUUCCGCUGCAUGGACUCGAUUGCCUUUUGUUGUACAAGCAUCGACUUUUCAGCUUUCACAGCCUGUCUCACGCUGCUUCUUGCGCACCUACGUCGAUGGCAUGACACCUAUGGUGUCAAAGAUGAUCUUGCUCACAAGCGCCUUAGCGAUCGCGCCAUGGUUCAGGAAACAAUCGAGCUCAUGGUAGAGCUGGGUCAAGAAAGCGGUGACAUGGUGUUGGGAAAGACAACCGAAAUUGUGGCAACCCUGGCUCGUAUUGAAGCAGAUGCUGCAAAAAAGGCAGGGCUCUACGGUGACUUCAGCGGCACAGGGAACCGUCGUACCCCUAAUCGUUCUCUCCGAAUUAUGAUUCCAUCAUUUGGCGCCGUCAGCAUCACGAGAGACAGCAUCAUCCCCUCAGCCGCGGUCACAAAUUCCAAAGGCGAGUACCGUAGCCAGACGAGCGAUACUCGUGAACAUUCCCAGCGCCUACCCGCUCCUUCUGCUGAGCUUUUUCAGGGGUGUGAAUCUCAAACUCUCGAAGCCUCUGGCGUUGGUUUUGAUAUGGACAUGUUGCAGGUUCCGUCUCUACAGACCCUAGACCCUCAAGGACAGCUAGGGUUUGCAGAGAAUUAUACUGCGAACAAGCUGGAUUUUUCAUUCUCUUUCGGUCAUGGCAUGGAUGAAUGGCCAGUCGAGGCCGCCAUGUCAUUACCAGAGUACACGGAUGAGCAACAUGACCUUUUCUCUGGCUUCCUGGGUAGUUUUGACAUGCAAGAGGCGACAUGA